AUGUGGCUACUGUUCGAGUUGCUGUUGGUGCUUGGCAAAGUCGUGUGCAUGGGAACUGUGAUCACCCAUCUUUCAGCACUCAUCAUUUUUAUGUGGAAAGAACGACGAUUGAGGAGACAAAUUAAGGUGGAAGGUUUUGUACAUCCCGAUUUCAAACCCGUCCUUGAAGCAUUCAAGAAGAACUUACACAAAGGAUGGGAACGAGACGGAGCUGCUUUUACAGUUUACUAUAAGGAACGACUUGUGGUUGAUGUUUGGGGCGGAUUCGCCGACUAUGAGAGCUGGAGACCGUGGCGAAGCGAUACAAUGAGCAUUGCGUUCAGCAGUUCAAAGGCCGUUGGUGCAAUAUGUGUAGCGAUGUUGGUUGACCGUGGGCUCAUCACUUACGAAGACAAGGUCGAAUCUUUCUGGCCUAAGUUUGCCACGAGUGGAAAAGAAGAAAUAACGGUAAAGAUGAUUAUGGAACAUACGGCAGGUCUUCCGUUGAUUGAGCACAAGAUCACUAUUGAAGAAGCGAUGGACCCAGAAGCAAUGGCCAGUUUAUUUGAAGCCCAGAGACCAAUUUGGAAACCGGGAACGCGAGUUGGUUAUCAUGCGUUAACAUAUGGAUGGCUGGUAGAUCUGAUCAUCAGAAAAGUCGAUCCACAGCAUCGAGGCAUUGGGCAGUUUUUCAAAGAAGAAAUUUCUAUUCCCCACGAUAUCGACUUUCAUUUUGGCCUUCCCAUUGAAAUGACACAUCGCGUAAGUCGAAUCCGAAAGCCAUCUGUGUGGAACAGGCUUGAUGAAUGGUUAGCUGAUCCAGAAACGGUUGACUAUGGCAGUGUCCUCAAGAAUUUCUUGACAAAUGGACUAAUGCUGAGGGUGGCGGAUAAUGCGGGUUGGCUACAGAGCAUUUUUCGUGUCACUUUGAACAAUCCAGAACUUUAUCGACUCGAGCAAUGUGCGGCGUUGGGAAUUGGAACCGCUCGAUCGUUGGCCCGAUUAAUGUUGCUUUACUCACGAGGACAUCUUGUUUCAAAGUCAAUUGUUGAACUCACCUCGACGCCGACAAUCAUCAAGAAGAAAGAUUGUGUGACGAAUGCAAUAACUGACCGUGGAUGGGGCUUCACACACUCUACUUACCCGCACAAGAAAGGUGCUUCAAUGCUUAUUGGACAUUCGGGCUUUGGUGGUCAAAAUGCACGAUACGAUUGCGAAAACGACAUCUCUUUCGCCUAUCUUUCGAAUGGACUGAAAAGCGGAUUGGGUGAUCGAGCUCGUCCGUAUGUGCAUCUACUUAGGGCUCUCUACUCGUCGAUUCCUGAACAGAACAACAACAACAACAACAACGGAAUCUAUCACAUGGACACGAUGAUGGUUUCAGAAGACGAUCAUUUAAUGGAA